UCGCGUCGUGAUCUACUUGUUUUUGUUCUUCCUCUGCAAACUAAAAAUUAGAGAAAGGAGGGACCUUUCUGGUGCGUCCCCAAUCUCCAUCCGACUGGUAGAGUGAGGUUAACCCAACCCGACGCGAUCGGCAGGCAGCGGCGCACCAAAGCAAAGGUUAACCCACCCUGCCCACGGCCACGAGCGAGCCCGCCCGUUCCGACGCGCUUCUGCCCGUCAGCCCCAGCCCCUGCCCACCUUCCCCUCCCCCUCCGCUGCGCCCGCGGUACCCUCACCAAGCCACGCCACGCCCGCCAGUCCGCCACAUUACGAGCCCCAACCGUCGCCGGCCGCAAUUAAGCCGCUCCCGCUGCGCGAUCCGGUGGCCGCCGCCUCGCCGGAGGAGUAGGAGAGGGGGAGGGGAUGUUAGAGGCGAAGCCACCGUCGCCGGGGUCCGGCACGCCGGGGGUGGGGGCCGCGGCGCACAUCCACCUCCACCGGCGGUGGGCCGCGCCGCUGCUGGCGUCCGUGCUGCUGUCCUCGCUCCUCAUCUCCGCUUCGUUCUUCUUCUCCUCCUCCCGCGCGCUGCUCCUCUCCUUCUCGCCGCUCCCCUCCGCGGCCUCCGCCGAGCCGCUCUUCGUCGAGGCCAAGCUCCGCCAGCAGAUGCGGGACGAGGAACGCCCGCCGCGGGGGGCCGUGCCCAGGAUCGCCUACCUCGUCUCCGGCUCCGCGGGAGACGGCGCCGCGCUGCGCCGGACGCUCAGGGCGCUCUACCACCCGGCGAACACCUAUGUGGUGCACCUCGACUUGGAGGCCCCCGCCGCCGAGCGCGCCGAGCUCGCCGCCGCCGUGCGCGCCAACCCCGUCUACUCGAAGUUCCGUAACGUCAAGGUCGUCACCCGCGCGAACCUGGUCACCUACCGGGGACCGACCAUGGUGGCCAACACGCUGCACGCCGCGGCCAUCCUGCUGCGCGAGGGCGGCGACUGGGACUGGUUCGUCAACCUCUCAGCCUCUGACUACCCGCUCGUCACCCAGGACGAUCUGUUGCAUGUGCUCUCUGAGUUGCCCAGGCAGCUUAACUUCAUUGAGCAUACCAGUGACAUCGGAUGGAAGGAGUACCAGAGGGCCAAACCAGUGAUCAUCGACCCUGGGCUAUACAGCCUGCAGAAGUCUGACGUUUUCUGGAUUACAGAGAAAAGGAGUGUCCCAACUGCAUUUAAGCUCUUUACUGGCUCAGCGUGGAUGAUGCUUACUCAUCAAUUUAUUGAAUACUGCAUAUGGGGAUGGGACAAUCUCCCAAGGACAGUCCUGAUGUAUUAUGCCAAUUUUCUCUCUUCGCCUGAGGGUUACUUCCACACAGUCAUCUGCAAUGUUCCAGAGUUUCGCAAUACGACAGUGAACCAUGAUCUACAUUUCAUUUCUUGGGACAACCCACCAAAGCAACAUCCUCAUUAUCUCACACUUGAUGACUUUGACGGUAUGGUUAACAGUAAUGCCCCCUUUGCAAGGAAGUUUGGGAGAGAAGAUCCAGUGUUGGACAAGAUUGAUCAGGAACUAUUGGGCCGCCAACCUGAUGGAUUUGUGCCUGGUGGAUGGACAGAUAUGUUGAACAGAACCGUGAAAGGAAGACCCUUCACCGUUGAACGUGUGCAAGAUCUCCGCCCAGGGCCUGGUGUGGACAGAUUAAAGAAACUUGUCACAGGUUUGCUCACCCAAGAAGGUUUUGAUGACAAGCAUUGCUUGUGAAACUCCCAGCAAGAUGAUUAUGGGGUAGAUUACACGGUCAAAUCUUGGGGGACAUUGAGCCAUUAGCUAGUUAUUUGUACUAGCUGAAGAAGCAGCACAUAGCGUCAAAUCCCUGGGGAUGCAAUGGUAAGAUAGGUGCUCUUAUAGACAACCGCUUGAGUUGAGUUACCGUACAGCAGGAGAACACGGAUGUAGCAGGCGGAGGUUAUACAGAACUAGUAGCUCAUUAGGUUAUGUUAGAUGAUUAUAUCAGCCCCCAACCAUUAAUAAUCAUGGAAUUUUUUACAUCUCUGCGCUGCGGGCUGUGCAAGGUGGUCAUUCUUCGUUCAGAAGCCAUGGCACCCGCUGUUCACCAACUAGUAAGGUGUGAAACUUCAUUGUAUUGACUGGUGGAUAUUUUUGGGCAAACUGAUACAUUUGAUUGCACACAUGUAUUUUUUUAUUUCUUCCCCUUUUUUGGAUGAGUAUAGCAAAAUGCUUAUGCCGUUUUUCUUCCCUA